AUGGCGGCCAAAGUCAAGCAAGAGGCCAAUGGCCACCACGACGAUGACGACUCGCACGACGAAGAGCUUCUCCGUGCUGCUGCUCAGGCCGACAAUCAGGAUCACGAUCAAGAUUCGUCCAACUCCCAUUCCUCUCCCUCCACCGCAGCUACCAGCACAGCAGACUCAACCUCCAUGGCACGCACCGGCAGUCAGAAGGGACGCAACGCUGCUCAGGAUGUAGAUCCCGCUGUCCACGAAGAGCGCUUCAACAAGCUCAAGUUCCUCCUCCAACGUUCCGGAGUCUACUCCCGUAUCAUGGGCGAAAAGAUGGAGAAAGAGCGCAAAGCUCGCGCCGAAGCAGCCGCCAAGCAGGAGGCCCGUCGCGAGGCUGCCGUCAAGGCAGGGGGAACCCCAUCCGAUCCACAGCCUUCUGCUCCCGCUCGCAAGACGCGCUCCGGCGCCAACGCAAACGACGAUAAGACCUCUGCACCAGCUUCUUCCGAACGCAGGACUCGCCGCGAGGAUACCCGCAAGCGCAAGAACGAUGAUUCCUACGACGUCUCCACCUACCUCGACGAGGACACCCUCGAAGCUGCCAAGCAAGAGGCAGAACAGGCCAACAAGAAGGCGAAGACAGAGCCGUCAGAGACCGGCGCUUCCGACAAGAAGGACGCCAACGAGAGUGGACGUCGAAACCAGCCAAAGCUCGUCACCGGCGCAAAAAUGCGCGAGUACCAGCUGGACGGUCUGGAAUGGCUCAUCAGUCUCUACGAGAAUGGUCUCAACGGCAUCCUUGCCGACGAGAUGGGUCUGGGUAAGACGCUUCAAACCAUCUCCUUCCUUGCCCAUCUUCGUGAAAAGGGAGUCUGGGGCCCAUUCCUCGUCGUCGCCCCACUCUCCACCAUCAACAAUUGGGUGUUGGAGUUCGAACGCUUCACUCCCGACAUCCCCGCCGUCAUGUACCACGGUGUCCCCGAGGAGCGACGUGAGAUUCGAGACCGGCAGCUCCGCAUGCCAAAAGACAAGGAGAGGCAGAAGCAAUUCCCCGUUGUCGUCACAAGCUACGAAUUGAUCAUCCGCGAUCGAAAAUGGCUGGCCAACUACCCUUGGAAGUUCAUCGUCGUCGACGAAGGACACCGUCUCAAGAACCUCAACUGCCGUCUCAUCCGAGAGCUCAAGACGUACCGCAGCGCAAAUCGUCUCAUCCUCUCCGGCACUCCUCUUCACAACAACCUCGCCGAGCUCUGGUCUCUGCUCAACUUCAUCCUUCCUGACAUCUUUGACGACCUCGCCACCUUCGAGACCUGGUUCGACUUCUCCGAUAUUCACGAAGAGCAAGGCCAGUCCCGCAUCCUCUCCAAGGAGAAUAGCUCGCAGGUCAUCACGCAGCUUCAUGAGAUCCUCAAGCCCUUCUUGCUCCGUCGACUCAAGGUGGAUGUCGAGACCGACCUUCCCCCCAAGAAAGAGUAUCUGCUCUACGCUCCUCUCACCGAGCUUCAGAAGGAGCUCUACAACUCGGUCGUCAAUGGCGAGAUCCGAAGGUGGCUGCUCGAGCGCAAGACGGGCCUCCCUUGGCCCCAGAUCCAGGAGAUCCUCGACGAUCCCGAUGGGAUCAACACCGCUUCCUCUUCCGCGCCCACCACCCGCGUCAACUCGGCCGCACAGAGUCGCAACCAGUCUCCUCAUCCUUGGGCCGUGGCCAAUAAGCGCAAGGACAUUCACGCCAAGCUCAACGUCGAAGACGACCAAGAGAAGACGCCACCCAAGCGCGGACCCGGGCGUCCUAGGAAAAGCGACUCUGCGAAGGAAUCACGAGCCUCCUCUCCUGCCUUUACCGUUGAAGACGACAGCCAGACCGCGUCAGGCGCAUCGACGCCUCGUCACCAGACCAACCGACGAGCCAAGCGUGGCGUCGACUACCAAGUGGACAAAAUGACCGACGACCACUACUUCGACAAGCUCGAGCAGGAGCUCAAUCGCAAGCCGAGACAGCUCACUGCUGCUCAAAAUGAACGUCAAGGCAAGCUCUACUCCAUUCGUGAAGCGCAGAAGCAGAUCAAGAUGAUGCACCUCGAGAACACCGUCAUGCAAGCACGUAAGAUCUGCAACCACCCCUUCCUCUUCGACUGGCCUAUCGACACCGAUUCGGGAACAUUCGUCGUCAACAAGGACCUCAUCAAUGCUUCUGGUAAAAUGCUCAUGCUGAACCGCCUGCUCGACGAGCUUUUCAACCGCGGUCAUAAGGUGUUGAUCUUCAGCCAGUUCACCACUAUGCUCGACAUCAUCGAGGAGUGGGCCAACGAGUUCAAGGGUCUUCGCACCUGUCGUAUCGAUGGAACGACGCCCCAGGAGGAACGACGAGCGCAGAUGAAGUCCUUCAACGAAGACAAGGGCAAAGACGCAUGCAACCUCUUCCUCCUCAGCACACGUGCCGGUGGUCUCGGCAUCAACCUCGUCGCCGCCGACACGGUCAUCUUCUACGACUCAGACUGGAACCCGCAGAUGGAUCUUCAAGCCCAAGACCGUGUCCAUCGCAUCGGUCAGACGCGCCCCUGUCUCAUCUUCCGUCUCGUCUCGGCUAGCACCGUCGAAGAGCGCAUCCUCAAACGAGCCGGCAACAAGCGCAAACUCGAAGCGCUCGUCAUCCAGCAGGGCAAAUUCCGCCUUCCCGCCGGCUACCAGUCCUCGGUCGGAGGAGGCAAGAAGAAAAAGGAAGACGAGCUGCGCGACAUCACCAAUCAGCUGCUAGCCCUCGAGUCGGAGCAGGUCAAGCUGGUCAAGGACGAGAAUGAUCAGAUCAUCACCGAUCACGAAUUGGAUCUGCUGCUCGACCGCUCGCCCGAGGCCUAUGAGAGGAAGAUGGGUUGGGUGUCCAACGCCCACGGUGACGACCCCAAGAAGCCGGGCAGGAAGCGCGCUGCUGGAAGGAGCGCGUUUGAGGUCACCGAGACCAAGACGGACGAGGCCAACGAGGAGAUUGCCAAGCUGCUGGCUGGCAAAUAG